UAAGUUCAGUUUCUGCUUGCAGCCAACCAAGCAGCAAUAAACACAAACUUACAAACUGGUUUAUUCUCAAACUUUCUCUCUCUCUCGCUUCAUUCUCCCUUCUUCUUGCGUAAAGAUAUACGAAGCUUCCUCUUCUUCUCUGAGGGUGUACCUUUGGUUCAUUGAAGGUUUUUCCUUCACCAACUUUCCAGAGGAAGAAAGUGCCUUGAUUUCCGAACCUGCUCGUUUUAUUACCGAGGGUUUCGCAGACACCAAAUACAUGAUACUAAAAACUCUAAUGGAAGAAAAGCAGUUAGAUUUUAAUCAGCCUCUUUUAUCGGUAAGGCGAAUCUCGUCAACAGCGGCCUCUGAAAAUGACUAUAAAAGAAAACCUGAUAAACCAGUACCCAAACGACCUCCUCUUCCUUUUUACAAAUCAGAGUUAAAAUCGGGUCCAGUGACUAACCCUGGAACUGUUCCUUUUGUAUGGGAGAAGACUCCUGGAAGACCUAAGAAUGAAAGCAAACAACAAACACAGGCUGUUGAACGUCCAUCCGUUGCUCCGAAGCUUCCACCUGGGAGGGUUUUGAAAGUUGAACAGCAAGAUUCCGAUAAAGUUCCUAAAGGUGCAUCCGUUACUCAAUCCAGAACAGGAAGCAGUGUUUCAGAUUCUCCGCGUACUGCAUCUCUAGAUAAUAAAGUGACAAAACAUGAAAUCCCCCAAGUAAUUGAGGAAAAAGCAAGUUCUGUUUCAAAUGAUGAGGAUGAGAACUAUCUAGAUGCUCUUGAUACACUUUCUAGAACUGAAUCAUUCUUCAUGAGCUGUAGCGUGAGUGGUUUGAGUGAAUGGGAUGGUCCAGAUGUCCAACCAUCAGGAAAUUUUUCAACAGACCAACAGACACGUGAUUUCAUGAUUGGCAGGUUCUUGCCUGCAGCAAAGGCAAUGGCUUCUGAAACACCUCAAAUUCAACACAACUCUAGGAAGUCGCUUGUUACACAAGAACAACUGAAACAGGCAAGGAAAGUAGAAAGUGGAGCAAAUUCCCGUCCCCUUAAUCCGAAAUGGCAAAAGGUUUUGCCACAUUAUGCUCAAGAUAUUGGUAGGGAAGAAAGUGAAGAUGAAAGUGAUGAUCAUGAUGGAUAUGAAAACUAUGCACCCAAAGUUUGUGGGCUGUUUCCUCGGUUCUGCCUUUUGAAUCCAGUUCCAGGAUUAAGAAUGGAGGGUAGGAUUCCAAGUUCUACAGUUCAUGGAGUGCAGGGUAAAUCAAUUACUUCUCACAGAAGAACUGCAAAAGAGCAUGGUAGAACUGCUACUUAUGGGAAAAAGUCUGUAAACUCCCAAUCUGGCUAUACAGAAGAGAGAGAUUUUCUGAGUACUGCAGAAAAAUCUAAGCAUGAUAUUGAUCCACAUCGCAGAGCUUGCAGCAAAUCAUUAGCCUCUGAGAGAACUGAAUUUGAAUCAAGUUGUGAAAGCCCUGUUAUUGAGAAAACUCUAUAUGUAGAUUCUGUACAUAAGGUCAAAACUUCAAUUUCAUGUUCUUCAGACACCAAUCUCAGAGGGGAUGAUUUUGAUACUCUAAGAAAAGACACUGACCUUGAUAAAAACCUUUCUAUUGAUUUUUCUAUUGAGGAUAGCAAACACUUGGGAAUUGUGGAUGAGAAGGCAGUAUCAGAACCUGAAAUUUCAGCUUCUCUUGAUUCAUCUCUCCUGGUUUGUUCUGAUAAUUCAAAUGACAAUAUGCAAAUGGAAAUGAAAAAUCAUUCCAACAAAAUAUGCCCAGAAAAGCAAGAAUUGACAAAGCCUGAUUACCAAGGAAGUAACCUAGAUCAUGAUUUGGUUGCGAUUUCAAGUCCAGAAAUGGUUGCAUGGGAGAAAAUAGAGUCUGAAAGCAAAGGUUUUAGCAGUAAGGAAAGUUCUAAUGGCCUAAUCAAGAAUCCUAUUGCAUGGAGAAACAGGAAAUUUGCUAGUGAUUUGAAAUUUGAUUCAAUGUGCCAACAAGCUACCAAAUUGGUUGAUCAAGAAUGCACUCUCAGAUCUAGCGAGGAUCCUAGAACUUUGGCUAGCUCGAAGGUGGUAGGUGACAGAAAGAUCAACUUAGAAAGUCAAUUGCAGAUGAAGUUGGGCCAUGGAAAGACUUCAAAUGCAAGCUCGUUGAAGCUUCCUCUUGCCCUUCCUUCACCAAAAGCUCCUUCAGAGUCUUGGCUUAAGCGCACUUUACCGACAGUUUCCUCGAAGAAUAUAUCUUUACGGUUGAAUCUUGCUACCCACUAUCAUGCACCAACUCAAACACCCAAGACAGCAUUACCGGAUCCUAAGUGGGAAAGAAUUGUUAAAUCUUCUGAAGUUAAUCAUGGGCAUCUUCAGUUUGCUCAGGAACUACUUCCACCCAUUCCAGAAGCAUGAAUUUUCUAGAGAUAUCAGGUCAUUGGUAAUUUGAUUUUCUUGCUAAAAUGUGCCACGUUUUCUUAGUGUAAUUAUUUGUUCUUAGGAUUUUCAUUCUACAGUUUGGUCUCCCUUUAGCUUUUUUAUAUAUACAUGAGAUGGUAUACUAUUCAAAAGUGUAAAUCACAGUUUUGUCUUAUAAAUGUAAUAAGUUGUUUCAAGUAAAAUUUAUCAUUGUAAUAAUAUCAGGGCAAAAGACCUUUUGCCUAAAAAAAUGUUUCUUAAGAAGAUACUGCAAAGAAUAAAUUUGUAGUGAUGAUUAUGGCUA